UGUGUAAUACCAGGCAGGCAGGGCAGCUCUGCCCAGUCAGCUAUGUGCUCAGAAUCCAGGCACUAUAAAGUCAGCCAUUCAGAAAAAUAUCUCGUCUUUCAGAUCAUUCAACCUAGACUCCUGCCUAAUUUCACCUGUGACUCAGCUUAGAUAAUUUAUCAACUACAGAGCAGUCAAUGUCUUAAUGGAAAUUUAAAAAUGGACCUUCAAAAAUGCUAGGUUUACAAUGAGAGGUGUCAUAAUUCAGUGUUUAUUCUAUGGAUCCUUGACAUUUGGGAUCUGGACAGCUCUAUCGUAUAUAUAUAUUCACCAUAAUCAUGUAAGCAACUUGGAGAAGAAAACCCAGGGGCCUGCAUUAAUUUGGUCCCUUGGAAAAAAAUUGCAACAGCAAAUUACCCAUGACCACAAGCUAAUCCCAAGAUCACGUGUAAGAUUUGAAAGGCCUGACGAAGACGAAAUUGCAGAACACAAAACCUUUUUAAAAUCGGGUAAGGAUUCUAACUAUUCAAAACCAGAAUAUAUUGCUGGAUUUUUAAAAUAUGGAUUUAAUGCCAUUCUCAGUGAAAGCUUGGGCAGUGAGAGAGAUGUGCCAGAUACCAGGAAUAAAAUGUGUCUUCAAAAACAUUACCCAGCCAACCUACCCACUGCCAGUGUGGUUAUUUGCUUCCACAAUGAGGAAUUUAACGCCUUGUUUCGGACCAUGUCCAGUGUCAUAAACCUCACGCCACAACACAUCCUUGAAGAAAUUAUUUUGGUAGAUGACAUGAGCAACUUUGAUGAUUUGAAAGAGAAACUAGACCAUCGCCUGGAAAUUUUUCGGGGCAAGAUUAAAUUAAUAAGAAACAAAAAGAAAGAGGGACUGAUCCGAUCAAGGCUGAUUGGAGCCUCUCGUGCUUCAGGGGACGUUCUGGUGUUCCUGGAUAGCCACUGCGAGGUGAAUCAUGCAUGGCUGCAGCCCUUGCUGCAUGCCAUUGCCAAGGACCCCAAAAUGGUGGCGUGUCCUCUGAUAGAUCCCAUUGACUAUGAGACCCUAGAAUACCAGCCCUCUCCGGUCAUAAGGGGUGCUUUCAACUGGUAUCUAGAAUUUAAAUGGGAUAAUGUUUUCUCUUAUGAGAUGGACGGACCAGAAGGACCCACUAGACCCAUCCGGUCACCUGCAAUGGCUGGAGGAAUUUUUGCUAUAAAUAGGCAUUAUUUUAAUGAGAUUGGACAGUACGACAGGGACAUGGAACACUGGGGAACAGAAAAUUUGGAACUUUCACUAAGGAUCUGGAUGUGUGGAGGCCGGCUCUUUAUCCUCCCCUGCUCUCGAGUGGGACACGUCAAUAAGCCGCACUUUCCAAAUCAACCUGGGCUUGUAAAAGCCGUGACAUAUAACAAUCUCAGAUUGGUGCAUGUUUGGCUGGAUGAAUACAAGGAGCAGUUUUUUUUACGACAACCUGGUCUGAAAUCUGUUGCCUACGGAAACAUUAGUGAGCGUGUUGAAUUGAGGAAACGAUUGGGUUGCAAAUCAUUUCAGUGGUAUUUGGAAAAUGUCUUCCCAGAACUGGAGACAUCUUAAGGGCCGCCAAUGAAAAGGAAACAAAUCAUUUUCAUUAACGAAGGGCUAAAAAUCCCCCUAGGUCUUCAACACAGAGAAGAGUGCAAGUUUGGAACAUCAUGAAAUUAUGUGACAUGCAGUAAGAAAUACAACCAGAGUGCUCUAGAACAAGAGUGCCUUUCUGUCUUCUUUUAACAAUAGUUCUUAACACUUUGUUACACAUGCCACUAAAUUUCUGGGGCGGCAAAACCUUGAACAUUAGAAAUACACACAGUCACACAGUUAAGGCUAUCAUACAAUUGAGCAAGGUAGAGUGUAUUCUCUUCGUUAUUUGCCAGACUCACUUGGUCCUGUUAGACCACAGGGAAUGCUCCACUCUUGGAGCCUUUGUCAACUCCAUUCCACUCCAGGCAGGUGACCUGGACUGGUGGCCUUCUAAGACGUUCACAGAGAGCCUUGGUUGGUACAUACCAACUGAGGCUCAACUGUAUUGAGCUCCUCUCUUCCUGCCAGUGUAGAUUUGGGUGCUGAUUCCUUGCUUGGUUGGGUUCCCGAGCUUCUGAUGUCCCAUCCACUUGCCGUGGUGUUCCAGUCCAGUUCUCUAGGCCAGUCUUCCAGUUUGCGCCUGUCAGUCCUUUUGUCACUUGGAGACAGUCCUUCUUCCCUGCUUCUGAUUUUGCCUUGUUCAUAUUUCUCCCCUCCUAUGGCUCUGGCCUACAGCCCUCCUGAUACUUCUUGGAUUGUGUGCUCUGUAGUUAAUCUAUGUUCUGGCUAAGAACUGUUUAGCUGGGACUGGUGAAGAAGUAGCUAAGUUCCCUAUCUACCCUGUGUGAACAUACUUCCAAAUGUCUAAAGUACUUCUUUUGGGUUAGAGGGAUGGCUGUUGUGUUCACCCUGGUGGAGGUGGCUAGAAAGGGGGCAUAUAUUUAAGUCACAGAGAAAAUGAGGGAAAGAACACAUUGAAAGGAAUAAAAGGAAUGGGGGAGACUUGGGGUAGGAUCACUAAACCUAGCACACAAGCUAGUUUUUACAGAAGGAGACAACUUAUCUAUUAUGCUCACUCAGUCAACAAUUGAGUGGUCCUCCGGGGCCAGAUAUCCUUCUUGGUGCCGGGACGCAGCAGACGAGGCAACAGGAAAACAUCCCUCCCUUCAUGGGGAGUUUAUCUAAUCUCCUUAUACAUAUGUAUUUAGUAAAAUACUCUAUAGAAUCUAUUGUUAGAUUUAUGUAUUUAGCAAAAUACUCUAUAACGACAUGGGGAAAACCCAGGCUUAUAUAUUACAGGUGGCCAAGGUAACUUGAUUGACCCUUUAAAAAGUCAAUCUGGCAACACAAAAUAAGCACCACAUUAUGAUUAUAUUCUUGGACCAUAUUUAUACCUUACCUGCUUCUAGAAAGUAAUAAAAAAUGAUUAUAAUAAACCCAUGAAUCUUAAAAUUAGUGUAAAAUACAAAAUAGAAAUCUGUAGCAGAAGGAAAAAAGAAUUCUAGUAUAAAUAAACCAUCAUUUUGAAAUAACUUUUUUCUAGUUUUGAAAUCUGAGAAUAAUUUUUUCUUUGGUAAGCAUAAAGGAGGAUGUUGUAAAUAUCAGCUUUGCCAAAAGAAAAAGACAAAUGUUCUUAGAGCCAUGAAGCCUAAUAUUAGGUCUUCCGUUUUCUUUUUUUUUCUCUCCUUAGAGAGAGAGAGGGCACACGUGCGGGCAUGGGGGUAGAGGGCCUGGAGGAGACGGGCAGAGGGAGAGGGAGAGAAUCUGAAGCAGACUCCCCGCAGAGCAGGGAGGCCGACACAGGGCUCGAUCUAGACCCUGAGAUCAUGACCUGAGCUGAAUCCAGAGGUCAGGCACUCAACAGACUAUGAGCCACCCAGGCAUCCCUUUGGUAUUGGUUAUUUAAUGUGAAUGUUGGCUCAGGUACCAGAUAACAAUGUGAGUUAAGUCUUAGAAAUGAUCUAGUAUGUUCCUUAAACAACUUCUUUUGAAUAUUGACUCUGGAACAGAAAUCAGAAUAAACAUCCAAGUAUUGGUGUGAUUGAAAGGAAAUCCGUAUUAGCCUAUAGGUGGCAAUUUUCUGUUUCAUAUGUGGAAACUUAAAAAUCUGAUUUCUAUUGUGGAGCUAGUUGAGAAGUAUCUGUUAACCCACUCAAAGCUAUUCUCAAAACACAGUUUUUGGUAUGAUCAAAUGUUCAGACAAGCCUUAAAGUAAGCCUGGGAGUUCUCUAAUUAAAGCAUACUUCUUGGAAUGUAGCCUAAGACACAACAGCAUGAAAUUGAGCUCCCAUUAUGUUCCAUACACAGUGGUA